AUGAGAAAUGCUAUCAAUUCUCUACCGCCAGAGUUAUGGAAUCAAAUAUGUCGAAGACUGAAGAUCAAGCAUGUUUGUGCAUUGCGACUAAGUUGCAGUGCGAUAACACUUGGGACCUACGACUAUUUCGCCGAUCGGGUUUUCCAUGACUUCUAUCUUGCACUCACCAGCGAUGGCCUACGUGCACUGAAGUACGUGGCUGGCCACGGGAUUUUCGAGACACAUGUCAAGAGAUUGUGGAUUGUCCCCAGCCUCUUCUGUGCGGGCUACACAUGGACACUUGACGAUAUCAAGCGACUGGUUGGGUUGCAGAAGCGCAAUGAACAACAUCUACGUCAAUUCAGCGGUCCCUUACCCGAGAAUCUGCCCCAUGGCAUUGUCUUGCGCCAACGGACGACAAUCGAAAUGCGACUUGCUUCGCAUUUAAAGUUACCAUUAGAAGAUCGCUAUGUGAUCUACAAGGAUGCAGUAGUCGACCACUUCCGAGUUCUUUUAUCAUCCCCCAACUGUAUGAGCACCGGAAAGACACGCCUCAAGAUGCACUAG